AUGGGCGCUGAAGCGGGCGUUCAUGGAUAUGGGUCUACGACCUGGGUCUACAGGGUCUACGACCUGGUCCUCCUACUUCAGCCAGUGGAGACCCUCAUGCGCCUCUGCCUUUCUGGGAGAAUGACCCCCGAUGAGCAGCGGCGUGCUAUCAUCACCCUCGAGCACCUCGGUGCUUACUGCGGCGUCCCGCUGCCCGUGCAGGCCAUCGAGGCUGUGCCGCGCUCAUGCGCCGAGGCGGCACCUGGGGCCGACGAUGAAGGCGGGGACGAUGCAAGGAACGUGAUCGGCGAGGAGUACACAGCGACGGACGAGGAGAUCGCCGAGAACGAGGCCGAGGACUCCCAGGACGGCGAAAGAGAGUGCGACGGAGGAAACCUCGAGGUCAGCGUCGAAGAGAACCCGCAUGGCGCGUCCCCUUCAGAGGGAGCGUGUCACGACACGGCACCGAAGGCGGACGAGGAGAUCGCUGAGGUGUUUGGCGAGGAAGGAGACGAGCCAUCUGACGACAAGGUGGGCUCUGGUUUUGUGCUGGUUGAUUUCCGGGACGGCGCCAGCAUGCGGGAACUGGACGGUGCGACAAAAGAUCUUGGAGGGCGAGAAGCAAAAGAUGGAAAGGCGGAGAAGACGAGAAAGAGGCGGAAAAGGAAGAAAAAGAGAAACCACGACGAACAGCGCGUUGGUUUGGGGGCCAAGGAGAACAUGGCGAUCGUGGAGGAGGCGAUCGUUGUGGACGCAGUGACACAAGUUCGCGCAAACAUAUCUGAACCCAACCCAGACAACGAGAGGGAAGAUCGCACUGAGGAAGAGACGAAGAAGACUGAGGUGGGGAAGCCUGGCGCAGACUCCAAGGAGGAGGAAGAGACCAAGGGGGAUGCUGCUCCGCCCGCCAAGAAGGCCAAGGCUGAACCGGCCAGGACGCGUCCCCAGUGUGAGACCAAGUCAGGGGGUGCGCGUCGCGUGUGCAGCCUGGAGGCGGCCGCCAAGGAGGGCGAGGCCCUUCUCAGGGAACUCGGCCACAAGGACAGCAGCGUCCCAGACAGUGCCUGCAGGCGCACACGCUCGCAGACACGGUGCACCACGGCUGCUCCCGCAGUACGGAAGAUUCCUGCCAAGCCAGCACGCGGUGCCAGGAAGGGUGCGGCCUCCAAGAGCAGUAAGAAGGAAAAGAGUGAAGAGGAGGAGGAAGAAGAGGCAGCCUCUGCUGAGGAGGCCUCGACGACAGCCGUCUACGAGGACAGGUCAGCAAGCAGCAUAGAGAAGAAGGGCGGAAGGACAAGAAUUGCGCUGCGCGAGAACGGCGCCGAGUCCAACACCGCUGGCGUCGGUGUGGAACUCAGUGGGAGCAGUAGGGUCGAAGUGACGCAGGAUUGGCAGUGA